CACUGUAUUGGAAACUGAAGAGCUAUGAACCUUCCGGGCCACCGUCCCGGAAGUGGAGCAAGGAGGAAGAGGGUGUGAAUUUGGUAGCAAGGGUAUCCAGACUGUUGGGAUUUUACUGGGAGAUUUUUUUGUCCCUUGCGCUCCUCCUUUCUCACGGAUGUGGUGUGCGGUCAUAUCAGCUUUAGCGUCGGUACUGUAGAGGGAGCCUGUUUUCCAGCUGGUCUGGAGCCAUAGCUGGCUAGGAGCGACCUUUCUACUCCUGGAAAAACCCCUUAGGGCCUCCAUGGCGCGCCUCCACUGGAGUUUUCUCACUACGAUGACCGAGACUGGAGUUGAGUUGGUCCAGUAGUGCCUAGUCAUGGCCCAGCGGGCGAUUUGGCUGGUGAGCCACGAACCAGGAACCCCGCAUGGCGGGACUGUGAGAUUCUCCAGAAGAUUUCCCACUGUUGAAAAACGAGCCAAAAUCUUCAAUGGAUCAAGUUAUGUACCUCUACCAGAAGAUGACCCCUUCUGUAAAGCUCUGCUUUUUGAACUCAGGUUAUUGGAUGAUGAUAAGGAUUUUGUGGAGAGCCGUGAUAGCUGUUCACGAAUCAAUAAAACUUCAGUCUAUGGACUUCUAAUAGAAGGAAGAGAACUGUGGCCUGUUCUUGCCUUUCAGAAGAAUAGUCUGAUUUAUGUUAGCAUUCCACUAGUUGAGCAAACUUUGUCUCCUCAUCCACCACUCAUUAGUAUUAGUGGAAUCUCACAAGCCUUUGAUCUACUUUUUGGGUUAAUUGAUUUUCUUGACUCUGGGCCCAAGACUGAAGUUGAUCUAAGUACUAAAGUGAGCCAGCUACCUGAUUUGCUCAUGCAUGUUUGUCCAUUUGGCACUUUGUUAGAUUCCAACUUCUUAUUAGAUAAUUUUAAUAAUCUUUCAAUAAAUCAAACCCUAAAACAACCAGCAUGGAAAGCUGGUACUUACAAAGGAAAACAACAAGUUGCUGUUUCUAUCACAGAAAAAGUUAAAUCCAUGCAAUAUGAUAAGCGGGAUGUAGCAGAUAUGUGGCAAGUUUAUGGAACUAUAACUUGUAAGUGUGAUUUGGAAGGAGUCAUGCCAAACAUUACUGUCAGUUUGAAUCUCCCCACCAAUGGAUCUCCACUUCAGGAUAUUCUGGUGCAUCCUUGUGUGACUUCCCUUGACUCUGCUGUUCUUACUUCCAGUAGUGUUGAUAUAAUGGAUGAUUCUGCAUUUAGUGGGCCUUACAAAUUUCCAUUCAGUCCUCCUUUAGAGUCAUUCCACUUGUGCUACUAUACUUCUCAGGUGCCUGUCCCACCAAUUUUGGGAUUUUAUCAACUGAAGGAAGAAGAUUCACAGUUAAAAAUAAAUGUCCAUUUAAAACUUCAUGAAAGUGUGAAAAAUAGCUUUGAGUAUUGUGAAGCUCAUAUACCAUUUUUUAACAGAGGGCCAAUCACCCAUUUGGAAUACAAAGUUAGUUUUGGCCAGGUAGAAGUAUCACGAGAGAAAAGUUUAUUAAUCUGGAUUAUAGGGCAAAAGUUCCCGAAAUCACUGGAAAUUAAUCUUUCUGGAACUGUGAAUUUUAAUUCUGUGGGUCAUCAGAAGCAACCAGUUGACACUAUUUGUAUUGGGGGUACAACAUAUGUAAAACUUUAUUUUAGGAUCCCAGAUUACACACUCACUGGGUGUUAUGCUGAUCAGCAUUCAGUUCAAGUGUUUGCAUCAGGAAAACCUAAAAUAAGCACAUGCCGGGAACUGAUUUCAUCUGAUUACUAUAUCUGGAAUUCCAAAGCCCCUGCACCCGUAACAUAUAGAUCAUUAUUGCUAUAAUUUUCUGAUAUUUAAAAAGAGGGCUAUUUAAGUCAUAUUAACACAAUUACAAUAAAUUGCUAUCUUUUACUUUUUAAUAUGUAUGUUUCUCUUUAAUGGGAAUGAACCAUGGAUCAAUUUCUUUUUUAAUAUGACAGUGUGCUUAUUAUUAUUAGCCUUACGUGUUCUAAAAGAAAAUAAUUUAAAAGCUGAUUUUCUACUCUGUUGCCUUUCCAUGGUCUCUUUAAACUAAAGCAUACAGUGAAAAAGAAUAUGGUUUUGUGGAAAGAACCUGGAGUUUGCAGCCAGAGGACAAGGGUAUAAAUCCCAACACUGCUAUAGAUGGGAACCUUGGGCAAGUUACUCAAUCUCUCUUUGCUCCUCAAUUUUCUCUUUUGUAAAAUGAGGAAGUUGGACCUAGAUCCUAUAAUAGGGAUUUUUAUUCUAUGUAUUUCAAUACCUCUCAUAGGGUAAAUGUUAGCUGAUUUUGGUAGAAGAGGCUACAGUGGAAACCAUAGCUCUUUUGGAAAUUCAGUCUUGUAAAAGAAGGAGGAAAUUGUUGAUGUUAGUCAAAGCUUUCUUACUUACGUAUAAGGACUGCACAAUUCAGUUGAAGAUGUUUACUUUACUCUCUGUCUACUUUUUAAAUGUAUUCAUCUUUUCUAAUUUUUUUCUUUAGAAUAACAUUGAAUAUAUAAAAGGGCAAUAAAAAGCCCAUUUUAUAAGAAGGGCUUGAUAAUCUACUCUUAUGUCUUAAUUUUUUAAAUGCAUUUGAAUAUGUGUUUUAUGCAUUUUUGUAUGAUAUUUGAUAUUCAAAAAUUUAGUUAUGAAUUCAUAUAAAAAAGUA